AUGGAUCCAGAAGUCAUGAAGGUCAUCUACAAGGGCAAAGUCCUCAAGGAUGAGGACACGUUGGCCAGUUGUGGCAUCCAAACAGGCGAUACUCUGCAUGUUGCCAAAGGCAUGAGCAGACCCGCCCCCCAGCCGAGUGAGAACCAGAGCUCCGGAUAUUCGGGAGCGAGCGGAUCUGGGAAGGCGACUUUCGAGAUCUGUUUCAAAGGUCCGAGCGGUGUGGAAGUUCGUUCCGACCAGUUCGGUGAAACGGACACAGUGGAGCAACUUCGUCAAUUCGCCAGCUCUGAAUUCGCCACAAAUUCGGACGAAGUGCACCUCCUGCACAAAGGGAAGAUUCUCAAAGAUGGUGCCUCGCUGGGAAGUUGUGGCGUUGCUGCUGGCUCAGUGCUGAGAGUGGCACGUCGGCACAACGAGAAAGACGCGGCCAGCGAUAACACGGUACAGCCGACCGAAGUUCCGGAGGUCGUCGGCUCACCCAUGCCCAUGGCUUGGGGCGCCAAUUCGCAAGGCGAGUUGGAGCAAAUUCGGACAAUGGCACGGACUCUCGGGCUGCCGCUGGAGCCGUUGGAGCAGGUUUUGCGGGAGGUUCCCCCACAGCAGGCAAUGACCGCAGCAAUGCAGGAGAUAGCACGAUUGCGACGUGGGCCACCUGCUGGUGAGACAGCUGCAGAAAUGCAAGCUAGAUGGGAUCGUGAGGCUGCUGACAUGGCCCGGCAAGUGCGGGCUUAUUUGUCUAGACGUGAGGAAGGAGAGGAACAGGAAGGGGAUGGAGAUGAAGAGCUGUUGGCUGACAUCUCCCGGACACUGGCAGAGGCGCGGGCACGUGGAGCUCCUGUGCCGAAUGCAGCUGUAUUUGUGGAUCGCACGGUCGCAAGGAGGCGCCAAGCUCGAGAGCUCCACGCGCGGAUGGCUCGAGAGGCCAGUGGCCUGGACCCCGAAAUCGAGGACGCUUUCGCGGCGGCAGAGCAAUCCUUGGCUGCGAGUGCCAGGGCACCGCGCCGGCUGGGCGGAGAGCCCCGGCGUACAGAGUGA